CCUGGGUCUCCAACCAUAAAACUGGAAGCAGGUGUAGUCCUGCGCCUUUUAUCCUAAGUGCGUGGCAGUCUGAGCGUCUCUCUCUCUCUCUCUGUGCCACCAUAUGCGUGUUUGAGUUUAGGAAGCAGCCAUGGAUGAUGUGUAUAAAGCAGCGGUUGAGAACUUGACAGAAGAGCAGAAAAAUGAGUUCAAAGCUGCCUUCGACGUCUUUGUACAAGACGCAGAGGAUGGCUGCAUCAGUACCAAGGAGCUUGGAAAGGUGAUGCGUAUGCUGGGUCAGAACCCCACCCCUGAGGAACUACAGGAAAUGAUCGAUGAAGUAGAUGAGGACGGCAGCGGAACAGUGGAUUUUGACGAGUUCUUGGUGAUGAUGGUCCGCUGCAUGAAAGAGGAGAGCAAAGGAAAAUCAGAGGAGGAGUUGGCCGAGCUCUUCCGAAUAUUUGACAAAAAUGAAGAUGGCUACAUCGACCUGGAGGAGCUAAAGACCAUGUUGGAGUCUACAGGUGAAGCCAUCACAGAAGAUGACAUUGAGGAGCUGAUGAAAGACGGUGACAAAAACAAUGAUGGCAAGAUUGACUAUGAUGAGUUCCUGGAAUUCAUGAAGGGGGUUGAAUAAACAAACGGUGUCAAAAACACUCAGACAAUCAGCAAGACCGCAAGUCUGAAUGUCUUUCUGUGUGCCACCGUGUGCUUCUGUGAGUUUAGGAAGUAGCCAUGUGUAGAGCAGCACAUCCCAUAGGGUAAACAUUACCCCCCAAAGGUUAUAUGCUGAAAUGCCUAAGCUAUUCAUCUGCAGGUUUCACAUAUCAACACUGUUGCAUAAAUGGUCCCACGUGACAGCAUAAUUCACUUUACAGUGUACAAAUCUGUUGCUUUGGGCUAUAGUUUCAGCCUUAUCACAAUCUUAUUUGUGGACAGUGGAAAUCUGAUACUAAAUGUAGUAAAAUUUUAAUCUAAUGUCAUCCUUUA